AAUGCAGUGGUGUGAUCAUGGCUCACUGCAACCUCCACCCCCCCAGGGUAAGGGAUCCUCCCACCUCAGCCUCCCAGGUAGCUGGGAUUACAGCUGCCCGCCACCAUGCCUGGUUAAUUUUUGUCUUUCUCAUAGACACAGGGUUUUGCCAUGUUAGCCAGGCUGGUCUGGAACUCCUGACCUCAGAGGAUCUGCCCGCCUUGGCCUCCCAAAGUGCUAGGAUUAUAGGCAUGAGCCACCACACCUGGCCUCAUUUUAUCUUUCUAUAAUAUUCAACUUAGAGGAGGAAUAAUUUGAAUAGCAUUUAGACAUUAAAUGGUGAACUUCGAAUUGAACAGAUAAAUAAUGAAAGGGCAAAAUCAACUUAAAAUAAGAAAAGUAGUUAGGGAGACAGCUACAACCACUCUUCUGCCUGACCACUGACUACCAACAUAUUUCAGGUAAUAAUUCUCCUAGGUGCCUAAGAAGAUAAACUAAUUCACGUUAUCUGCUUAACUGUUAGGUUUUGUGUGUCUACUCUAUGAAAGGCACUGAGCCAAACUGAAUGUAAACGGGAAUCAGACCAGACUCCAACUCUCAAAAGAGAAACUGUAAAUACCAAUAUGGAUAGGAUAGCAUCGGGCAGAGUACCGUAAAUAAGGAUGCCAUUACUAGAGAAGUCCCCAAGAGGGAGAGAAAAAGAUAAAUCCGGCCGGGUGCGGUGGCUCUCACCUGUAAUCCCAGCACUUUGGGAGGCCAAGAGGGAGGAUCACAAGGUCAAGAAAUAGAAACCACCCCGGCCAACAGAGUGAAACCCCGUCUCUAAUAAAAAUACAAAAAUUAGCUGGGUGUGGUGGCACGUGCCUGUAGUCCCAGCUACUUGGGAGGCUGAGGUAGGAGAAUUGCUUGAACCCAGGAGGUAGAGGUUGCAAUGAGCCGAGAUCAUGCCAUGUACUCCAGCCUGGCGACAGAGCAAGACUUCAUCUCAAAAAAAGAAAAGACAAAUCCUCCGCUCAAGACCAUGAAAAGCCCGCAUCUAAAGAUGGUCCCAGUCUAACGAAGAAUGGGGCCAGGAAGGAUAAGUAGUGCGUCCUUUUCUAUUCACUGAGUUUUGAAGGGCUCCUUCAGAGUCCUUCAGUCAUGGCAGUUGGUGGGUGGAAACAGGUAUCAACUGUUUGGUUAAUAAAAUGACUAAAUGGAUUUGCAAACUCCUGCUCCAUCCUCUUGCAGCCCUCCAAAAAGAAACGACUCACGGAGGGCGCGGUGGCUCACGCCGGUAAUCCCAGCACUUUGGGAGGCCGAGACGGGCAGAUGACUCGAGAUCAGCCUGGCCAACAUGGUGAAACCCCGUCUCUACCAAAAAUGCAAAAAAUAGUCCCGUGUGGUGGUGGCGGACGCCUGUAAUCCCAGCUGCUGGGGAGGCUGAGGCUGGACACGGGAGGUGGAGGUUGCCGUGAGCCGAGAUUGAGCCACUGCACUCCAGCCUGGGCGACGAAACGAGACUCCGUCUCAAAAGUAAAAAUAAAAGAAAUGACCCAGUUAUUUGUUUCACUGUUCGCACUGACAGCUUGGCUCUGGGGUCUUUACAUUCGGGCUGUAACUGGAAAAAUGUGUCCAUCAGGCACAGAACCGAAUUCAUGAGCAAAGCCAGGAACGUCCCAAACAGCUGCACCCAAGGUUAGGAUAAGGAAGCCUGGCCGCCCCGGACCCCCGGAGAAGCAGCCUAGAGGUAAGACGCAAACUGCAGGACCGAUCCACAAUCUGAGUCUCCCUCUGCGGUUCGUCAGCUUCUGGGCGCCAACACCAGCGCCGGCUACGUCCCCUGCUGGAACUAUUCAGACGCGCAAGACACGUAACCAGCAGUCCUCCGCCCCUUAAAUAGUCCUGCCGAGGAUGCCUCCGGGACCCUCUUUUCCACCACAGACGUCCCUCGGCAGACAGGCGAUGAGCCUCGGGGGUGCAUCAUCUUUCUAUCCGAAUGGGAGUACGGGUUUUCUGAUCAUUUUCCCUUCACAGAUUCCUCCGCCAGAAAUCUUACUCGCGGCGUCUUCACUUCCGGGUCCGCCAUUUUGUUGCCUCCGUUUCUCCACGAGGGGGGGUUAAAGGCCCCCAAAACAUGAAUACAUGAAAAGAGCAAAAAGUAACCGUCCUUGACAGGGAUCCUUAACUAAAGAAGGAUACGGGACUAAACUGGCGGGCUCCGUGGAAGUGCGGCCGGCAGCGUCCCGGACAAGGAGAUGUCUUUGGUGGACUUGGGAAAGAGGUUGCUAGAAGCAGCAAGAAAAGGCCAAGAUGAUGAAGUGAGAACAUUGAUGGCAAAUGGCGCCCCAUUCACCACGGACUGGCUUGGAACAUCACCCCUUCAUCUUGCAGCUCAGUAUGGCCAUUAUUCCACAGCAGAAGUACUCCUUCGAGCAGGUGUUAGCAGGGAUGCCCGGACUAAAGUGGACAGGACCCCCUUGCACAUGGCUGCGGCUGAUGGACAUGCACACAUCGUGGAACUGCUUGUUCGGAAUGGUGCAGAUGUGAAUGCCAAGGACAUGCUGAAGAUGACAGCUUUGCACUGGGCCACAGAACGCCACCAUCGAGAUGUUGUAGAGUUACUUAUCAAAUAUGGAGCUGAUGUCCAUGCUUUCAGCAAAUUUGAUAAAUCUGCCUUUGACAUAGCUCUGGAGAAAAACAGUGCUGAGAUUUUGGUCAUCCUCCAGGAAGCAAUGCAGAAUCAGGUGAAUGCUAAUCCAGAGAGAGCCAACCUUGUGACUAACCCUGUGACUAUGCCUGCUCCAUUCAUCUUCACGUCGGGAGAGGUUGUUAACCUUGCUAGCCUUGUGUCUUCAACCAACAGCAAAACAACCUCAGCUAAUUCAGAGGAAAUUAUAGAGGGAAAUUCUGUUGACUCAUCAAUCCAGCAAGUAAUGGGGAAUGGAGGCCAGAGGGUCAUCACCAUAGUAACUGAUGGAGUCCCUUUGGGUAUCCCUACUGGAGGCAUUGGCCAGCCAUUUAUUGUAACUAUGCAAGAUGGACAGCAAGUUCUAACUGUACCUGCUGGUCAGGUUGCAGAGGAGACUGUAAUUGAAGAGGAAGUAGAAGAGAAGUUGCCACUAACAAAGAAACCAAGGAUAGAAGAAAUGACAAACAGUGUGGAGGAAAGCAAGGAAGGCAAUGAAAGAGAGCUACUACAGCAACAACUCCAGGAGGCCAAUCAAAGAGCCCAGGAAUACCGACAUCAGCUCCUACAGAAAGAGCAAGAAGCAGAACAGUACCGUCUCAAGCUGGAGGCCAUAGCCCGACAGCAGCGCAAUGGAGUUGAUUUCACCAUGGUUGAAGAGGUGUCUGAGGUAGAUGCUGCAGUCAUCACAGAGGGGGAGUUGGAAGAGAAAGAGACAAAAGUGACUGGGUCAGCAGGGACCAAAGAGCCUCACACUGGAGUUUCCAUGGAAACUAUUUCAUCUUAAUAUGCAAGGGCCACAAUUUGCACUGUGUUCAUAAUAUUCCUCUUUUAAAAAAAGAAAACAUAUAGAAGACAAACAUUGUACAAAAAAAUUAAGUGUCUUUGAGAAGAAAACUGUAGCAGGAUACAAUGCUUGGGCUCAGGAAGGUUCUCUGUGCAACUGGAAAAUUCAAAGCCAUAUUUAGGGACCAUUUCUUCCAAGGGGCCAAAAGAAUAAGGACCAAAUGUCUUAGAUCACAUCAUUGCUUUAAGCAUAGAGGUAAAAGAAUACUGGCUGGGCACUGUGGCUCACGCCUGUAAUCCCAGCAAUUUGGGAGGCUGAGGUGGGCGAAUCACGAGGUCAGAUCUCACUGCAACCUCUGCUUCCCAGGUUCAAAACAUUCUCCUGCCUCAGCCUCCCGAGUAGCUGAGAUUACAGGCAUAUGCCACGAAGCCCAGCUAAUUUUGUAAUUUUAGUAGAAACGAGGUUUUUCCAUGUAGUUAGUCUGGUCUCGAACUCCUGACCUCAGGCCUCCCAAAGUGCUGGAAUUACAGGCGUGAGCCACCGUGACCCGCCUAGACUCUAAUUUUAUAAAACUUUAUUGAAUUUUCUAAGUGUCAUUUAGGACAUAUUAUGCUUUUCUGUGGCACUUACAUCUUACCCUCUUUUGUGCAAAUAAAAGGUGGGCUGGAGGUAAA